UUGUGUUAAAAUUACAGAUUUCGGUUUAGCAAAACUGUUAGAUAUAAACGAAGACGAGUACAAAGCGGCUGGAGGCAAAAUGCCCAUCAAAUGGUUAGCGUUGGAAUGCAUUCAGCAUAGGAUAUUUACGCACAAGAGUGACGUUUGAGCUUUCGGUGUCACGAUAUGGGAAAUACUAAGCUAUGGCGCUCGCCCAUACGAGAACAUAUCGGCACGGAAUGUGCCAGAAUUAAUUGAAAAUGGCCUGAAAUUACCACAACCGGGCAUAUGCACGUUGGACAUUUACUGCAUAAUGGUCUCAUGUUGGAUGUUGGACGCCGACAGUAGACCGACAUUCAAGCAGCUGGCUGACACCUUUGCGGAAAUGGCGAGAGAUCCGGGCAGAUAUCUCGUUAUUCCAGGAGAUAAAUUCAUGCGUCUCCCGUCCUACUCUACUCAGGAUGAGAAGGAGUUAAUAAGGAACUUAUCCUCAGCCAUGGAAGGUCCCGAACCACUCGUUGAAGCAGACGAAUAUCUGCAACCCAAGUUCCAAACGGUUCCUGGUACCGCUACUACGUCAGUAGUCAGUGUCGGGAUAGAGACACAAACGAGCUCUCUUAAACCGUGCACAUCAUCUUCGUGGGCUAACAAUGUCACAAGCCCAGAUGGCGUGACCACAGACGGUUCCAACAAACCUGAAACGUGGGACCACGAGUUGCUAAGAUACAACCAAACCAACCCAGAUGGCUCAGAACUACGACACUACUACAACCACGGCGUAUGUGCCUCAGACAGCUCCAGCUCAAGGUAUUGCAGCGACCCUAUGAAGGUCCGCGCGGAGUGCACUUUAGAAGCUAACUUCGACGCCAUGUCGAAAGCUAAAGAAGCACAAGUGGGGAACCUGAAGUUGAAUUUGCCACUGGACGAGGACGAUUAUUUGAUGCCUUCGCCACAGCACAAUCAGAACGCAUCGACGUAUAUGGACUUGAUAGGGGAGGGCGGGGAAAUUGAGGAAGGUCAAGACGAGAAGGAGUUGCGUUAUAGCAGUUUCGUGGGACCGAAGCGGUGUGUGGAUAACCCGGAGUACUUGAUGUCGGAGGAGAACGUGCCGGCGCAGACUCUGGGUAUCCCUACGGAGCCGGUGCCCCUGGAGUCGCUGUGCGUGAGCGAGGGCAGCGGGAGCGAGAGCACGCCGCGGCCCGGCACCAGCAAGUACUAGGGCAUGCAAACCGGUUAACCGGAUAACCGAAAAACCGGAUAACCGACACAAUUUGGAACUCGGUUUUUGUCAGUUAUAAAUCCGGGUUUUUCGGUUUUUCU